ACCACAGAAAGCUCAUUUGCUGUGUACAACUAGGGAUUUCAGUUCUCAGAACAGCAUGGAGAAAGAAGCCGCAUGGACGUGGAUAGUCAGUUGCUAUUCACAGCUCAAAGCUCAAGGACCGCCGCUAAGACACGUUAACGUCAACUAUUCGCCCACGGGUACUAAAUACCAGUCACCGACCAAGAAGAAUUCAUCUGUGGAUAUACCACAGAGUCUGGACGGUAUUUAUAAGCUCUGCUUGAACGCUAUUGAUCUGGUGCUCAAUCGAGUCAAUGCCUUGAACAGCGUUGAUUCUGCGUACGUCAAGCUAGCGUCAGAAUGCUUCACAAAGUUGUACGAGUUGGAUCUUGCUAAUAACAUGUCUGAUGUUACAAAGAGACACAACUCGUUUAUUGUGAAAUUAAUAGAGCUUGAGAACAGGUGCAAGUCGACUGACUAUGCCACAACAGUGUGUGAAAUAAGGAGCUGUAUGUUCCAUUCAAAGGAUGAGGCUUUUGAUGUUCUCUCUGAUUGCAUAUCGCUGCCCACCUGGUCUGACAACGAUAAAGUGUUGAAACUACUUAUGAUCCAGGUCAUAUACAAGUUAUUCCAAAGUGAGAACUAUACCUAUGCAUCAGAUAUCUUGACCUUCUUUCUAAAUGAAAGGAUAACACCCACUAUGGAUGGAUUUCAGCUAAGAUCAGUCAUCAAAUUGGUGCUAUCACUUGGACGUGUGGCACCUUCCGUGCAGUUUAAGACGUGUAUGCAUUUGAAAUUCUUGAAUUAUGUUGAAAGGUUCAACUUAAAGUUUUCUGAUUUCAUAUUAAAUGGCACGUUUGAAACCUUUGUUGAAAAUUUGGAAUCAACGUUGCUUUCGAUGGAAAUUUUGGAUAAAGUUCCGUUAUAUUAUCACCAGUUUGCCUGUGGAAACUAUUCAGAUAACUUCCAAUCUGUCAAUGCUCGUAUAGUUUCCCUAUGUUCCGAUCUUGGACUAGAUUGGGAAUUGGUGGUUGCCGAUUCGGUAAGGUCAAAUAUCGUCAUCAAGCUUUUGAACAAUGCAAAUCUAAACUCUGCGCUGGUCGCAACUGAGUUGGACGCUAUCAAAAGACCAACGUCCCAACUCAUGGAUUCAUUGGGACAGUACAUCUUAAAGUUGAAGUUUAAGAAAGGUGAUGACGUUUCUACAUUGUUGACUUUUUACGCCAACCACUCACAUUCGUUAACAAAGGAAACAAACAAAGUGUUUGAUAAGACAUUGAUCAAUGCCAAGUUGAUAGAUGCGCCUGAUCAAUUUUGGGAACAAUAUUUGAUGAAACUUUUCAAGUUAUACUCUCACUGCGGUGAUACCAAGAGACUAAGAAACUUGUCAAAUCUAUCGUUCAAUCUCAAAUACUUUGAACAGUCUUUGCUUGUUGAGAGGGAUCUGUUUCUCCGAAAUCAAAAUACCUCAGACCUUGACAUCAAGUUCAAAAAGGCACUUCAAAUCCUCAAGGGUAACAUCACCAUGAUAUCCAAGUUAUCGUCCAUAAUUUUCAACAGUGCCUUCUUGUCUCAACUAAAUCAAGGAUUGCUUGAAAAGUUUGACACUUUUGAGCGAAAAUUUGGUGGUUAUUUACUCUUUCAAAACUUGAAUGCCUUCCGAAUUACUGACCUUGCCGAAGGUGAUAAAGCAAUGGUAUUCUGCUUGGCAACAAAGUACUGCACAGAUGUCGAUUUUGUAAACCUAUUCCAAAAUCUUGCUAUAGGAGAUCAGAUAUUACAAAUGUUGUGCGGUAUUUUCUGCAAAGAAUUGCCAAUAUUGAAGGUCCAAAGGAUUUCCACUAUAACAACGACAAAUUAUGACCAUUUAAUCAAGUGUUUCUAUUAUCUUUCGGUUGAAAUCAGGGCUAAAUCGACGUUGAAUCUCCCCAAAAUCCUGAACAUUUAUCUCAACAGCUGGGUUCCUAGAAACAGGUCUCGAGUAACAUCAUUUGAAACAACAUUUUUAGAGCAAUUUGUCGGAUAUCUGAAGUUUUUUGGAUAUCACAAAGCUCUAAAGAGAUUAUUCUCGAGUAUCGAAGUGUAUCUAAAGGAUGCAAAUGAGACUUUUAAAGUAUGGUUUCUGUCUGAAAGCCUCGAGAAUAUGUUAACUUUGAGAGAAGUUCUCAAGCUUUUGCCUGGUAACUUUGAUGGAUAUGUAGAGGAUCACGGGGAUCAAUUCCAAUAUAUCGUGAGUGUCUUACCAUUCAAGUUGCUAAAGUUGAAAUAUUUCAUGGUGAACUUUGAUCAGGAAGGGCUCACCGAUACUGCUUAUGAAAUUUACCAGAUCAUCGACUCAUAUCCUGGAAUUUUCAGUAUAGAAAACAAGUGUGCAUUUCCUAGGGAUAAAUUCAUUACGGUACUGAAACUCCUGGUUAAGGUUAUGCUUUCAAGAUCAAAGUUCCUGUGGGUGAAAGGCUGUCACAUGGAAUCAAUCACAUCAGCUGUUGCUUCUAUCCAACUUGCAAAAUCGGUAUUAAAAACAGAUCAAGGUAAUUUGCAGAUUAUACGUUCCAUGAUGUCUGCAUUUCGUAAUGUGAUCAAUACCUUAAUUCACUUGGGUUUAUCCAAGGAUGCAGACUACUACGUUGGAGAAUUUAAGAAGGUCAAUGACUCAGUCUCCAAAUACAAGAUGGUUUUUGUCCAGAAUUGUUACUUUAUGGCACACUACUACCACGUUUCAGGAAAGGUACAAGAAUGUCUAGACAUCAAGACACAGGCGGACCAGUUAUUUGAUAGCCUCCGUUUGAUCAACACUAAUGAUGAUGAUGAAAAAUAUGUUGAUAACUACAAACUGAUAUACUACAGACUCCUUUCUGAUAUCUACCAUGAUGAUGUUGGUUCUCAAGUGGAGGCUAGAAGGAAUUUAAAGGCCUUCUUACUGUUUAUGGAGAAAGAAGGAAAGGUUUUAGCCAAUGUUUGGAGAUUAAAUUAUGAGUACCAUUUCAAUUCAGAAGUUGUGGAUCUAACUCUCAACACCUCAAAAAAUCCUUACUUACAUGCUAUGAAUUACAUGCUGAACUCCAGAAGGCUUUUUAUCAAUGCCCAGAAUUCGUUGAACAUGGACCCACUUUAUUCCACAAUGGAAGACUCUGCCAUGGCAAUACCCUCAAUUGUUAAGAAGUUUGAUGUGGCUCCUGUUCCUCAGUUACCACAGAAGGCUAAAUCAAACAGCGUGAAGAAUGUUAAAAAGGCGAUUACCGGUAUGAGACAAUCAAAAGGAAUGAUUGUUCAGUUGAUUUCUGUACUAAGAUAUUUGGCAAACUAUCAAAGAAAUGAGAUCCACAGGGUUCUUUCACUUGACUUGUUAACACUAUCAAGUAUAUCGAAUAGUUAUAACAGCAAUGACAGUUUUGAGGAAUGUAUUCUCCUUAAUAACCAUGUGAAGACCCAGCCCUUUCUUAGCGAGAAGGCAAUGAUCAAUAUUACAAGCAAUACUGGCAAGAAGAUACCUGAGUUCGAUGCUGAUCUACCAAGCUCUAUGGCUGUUGAAUUUGAGAAACCUGACAUAUCAUUGAUCAGAGACCAAAACUGGCAGAUUCUAAGCAUAGAUGUGAGUUCUAUCAAUGACGAACUCAUUAUCACAAGACUAGAUGAGGCUCCGAAGAUGUUGAAGCUUCCCUUGACUAGACUCUUUGUAAGAACUGGUGAAGACCCUAAUUUCAAAUUAAAUGACUGUUUGAAUGAAUUGAAACAGAUCAUCAAAGAGAGUGAUAAAACCAUGUCCCAAGAGGUUGUCUCCUCUAUUGACACUGCAGAACAACGCAAGGAGUGGCAUACGACAAGAGCUGAACUUGACAAUAGACUCUCUGCUCUGCUCAAGAAAAUAGAACACUAUUGGAUCAGUGGCUUCAAAGGAAUAUUCAGUCCUAUAAAGAUUAAUCAAGAAGCCCUCCAAGUGUUCAAGAGAAAGUUUUUGAGUAUUAUCCGUAUGAAUAUACCAACUAGAUCACACAGGAAUCAUGGACCAAAACCUGUUGAAAUUGACGAUUUCGUCAUUGAAUUAUUCUUAAGACUUGGUGAUCCAAGCGCACUGGUUACUACGGAACCACUAGAGGACUUGAUUUACUUUGUCUUGGACAUUUUAUUAUUUCAUGGAGAAGAAAACGCUUAUGACGAAGUCGAUAUCGACAACAUAUAUGUCCAGACUGAGACGUUAAUGACAGAAUACCUCGCUCUCCAUCCAAACCCUGAAUCGUAUUCUCAUACGAUAUUGAUCUUGGGGAAGGAACUUCACAGUAUACCAUGGGAGAGUAUUCCUUGCUUGAGAGGUCAGUCAAUAUCCAGAAUACCAUCAGUUAGUCUGUGCAUCUCAAUGCUACAGAAAUCGCCUUUAUCUAUAUCCAAGACAAAUGGUGCUUUCAUUAUCAACCCAGCAGGUGAUCUUAGUAAGACUGAGGAGAGGUUUUCUGAUUGUUUGAAACAUUUCCGAGAGCAGCACUCCUGGGAAGGUAUAUGUGGCAUGAAGCCAACAGAAGAUCAAUUCAGCCAAUAUCUCCAAUGUUCGAUUUUCCUUUAUGUGGGCCAUGGGUCUGGUACGAGUUACAUUAGGGAAACGACAAUCAAGAAACUUCCAAGAGUUGCCCCCUCGUUACUACUAGGGUGUUCAUCGGUUGCCUUAAUUGACAAUAAUCUUCUAGAACCGAGUGGUACCGUUCUUUCAUAUCUUGUCGCAGGUUGCCCAAUGAUCGUUGGUAAUUUAUGGGAUGUAACGGAUAAGGAUAUUGAUAAAUUUACACUUGGUUUGUUCAAAAGAUGGGGUUUAAAAGAUGGUGAAGUUGGAAACACCAUAUGUGAUGCUGUCAGAUUGUCUCGUGAUGAAUGCAAGUUGCAGUACUUGAACGGUGCUGCGCCUGUUGUUUACGGUUUACCCAUGAGAUUACAAUGAACGAUGAUGUUUUAAUAAUAUAACGAAUGAAUGAAGUAUACGUAACUCUGUUUACAGUGUAAUAU